CAUUCACUCAAACACCUGCCACAUUCACUCACACAUCUGCCACAUUCACUCAAACACCUGCCAUUUUAACUCAAAACGUUACAUAUAGAAUGUAUUACUACGUGCAUCAUCGUACAUAUAUUGAUGUAAUGGACAAUUAGAAAGCAGAAUUGGUUACUAUUAAACUUAAGAAAAUCGGAAAAGGUUUUGUAUUUACAUUAGUAAUAAAACCUAAACUAAUCUAUCACUCUGAGGCCUAAUACACGCUAUUCUGAGGCCCAAUAUGACACAUAUAUCUUUUAAACACUCAUAUAUUUCGUAUGAGGAUUAUGUCGUCUUUAUUAUAGCAUUAUAAAAUAUAUAAAGAAAAGUGCACUUUAUAGCCUAAUUUAAUAUUAAUAUUAUUGGAACUGAGGAGACCAGUUUAUGGUUCUUGAUAGACGCAUUAUAUAUAUCCUUCAGGUGUAAAAGAUUCCUAUACACGGUUAUUAGCAGCUUAUUUACUUCGAGUAAUAAGGCAGUAAAACGACUAGAGUUAUUUUAAGAAAAUAUUGUGCUUUGUUGAUAUUGUUUGCUUUUCAAAACAUCAUAUUUUCUAAAAGCUAAAACUAGGUCACAACAAUUUCAAACACAGUCAGUGUAUCUCUUCGUCAGCUGGGGGACGGACGUCGAGCUCUCUCUCUCUCCUGGACACCUCCAGCAUGCCCGGUGUUAGUGGGCAAGACAACAUGUCCAGUGUUAUUGGUCAAGACACCAUGCCCAGUGUUAGUGGGCAAGACAACAUGUCCAGUGUUAUUGGUCAAGACAACAUGCCCAGUGUUAGUGGGCAGGUCAACAUACCCAGUGUUAUUGGUCAAGACACCAUACCCAGUGUUAGUGGGCAGGUCAACAUACCCAGUGUUAUUGGUCAAGACAACAUGCCCAGUGUUAGUGGGCAAGACAACAUGUCCAGUGUUAUUGGUCAAGACAACAUGCCCAGUGUUAGUGGGCAAGACAACAUGCCCAGUGUUAGUGGGCAAGACAACAUGCCCAGUGUUAGUGGGCAAGACAACAUGCCCAGUGUUAUUGGUCAAGACAACAUGCCCAGUGUUAGUGGGCAAGACAACAUGCCCAGUGUUAUUGGACAAGUCAACAUGCCCAGUGUUAUUGGACAAGACAACAUGCCCAGUGUUAGUGGUCAAGACAACAUGCCCAGUGUUAUUGGACAAGUCAACAUGCCCAGUGUUAUUGGACAAGACAACAUGCCCAGUGUUAUUGGACAAGACAACAUGCCCAGUGUUAUUGGACAAGACAACAUGCCCAGUGUUAUUGGACAAGACAACAUGCCCAGUGUUAUUGGACAAGACAACAUGCCCAGUGUUUGUGGUCAAGACAACAUGCCCAGUGUUAUUGGACAAGACAACAUGCCCAGGGUUAUUGGUCAAGACAAAGACAACAUGUCCAGUGUAAUUCGUCAAGACAACAUGCCCAGUGUUAUUGGUCAAGACAACAUGCCCAGUGUUAGCGGGCAAGACAACAUGCCUAGUGUUACUGGUCAAGACAACAUGCCCAGUGUUAUUGGUCAAGACAACAUGCCCAGUGUUAUUGGACAAGACAACAUGCCCAGUGUUUGUGGUCAAGACAACAUGCCCAGUGUUAUUGGACAAGACAACAUGCCCAGUGUUAUUGGACAAGACAACAUGCCCAGGGUUAUUGGUCAAGACAAAGACAACAUGUCCAGUGUAAUUGGUCAAGACAACAUGCCCAGGGUUAUUGGUCAAGACAACAUGCGCAGUGUUAGUGGUCAAGACAACAUACCCGGUGUUAUUGGACAAGACAACAUACCCAGUGUUAUUGGUCAAGACAACAUGCCCAGUGUUAGUGGACAAGUCAACAUACCCAGUGUUAUUGGACAAGACAACAUGCCCAGUUUUAGUGAACAAGUCAACAUACCCAGUGUUAUUGGUCAGGUCAACAUAUCCAGUUUUAGUGGAGAAGUCAACAUACCCAGUGUUAUUGGUCAGGUCAACAUAUCCAGUUUUAGUGGAGAAGUCAACAUACCCAGUGUUAUUGGUCAGGUCAACAUACCCAGUUUUAGUGAACAAGUCAACAUACCCAGUGUUAUUGGUCAGGUCAACAUAUCCAGUUUUAGUGGAGAAGUCAACAUGCCCAGUGUUAUUGGACAAGACAACAUGCCCAGUUUUAGUGAACAAGACAACAUUCCCAGUUUUAGUGGACAAGACAACAUACCCAGUGUUAUUGGAGAAGUCAACAUAGCCAGUUUUAGUGGACAAGUUAACAUACCCAGUUUUAGUGAACAAGACAACAUGCCCAGCGUUAUUGGACAAGACAACAUACCCAGUGUUAUUGGUCAAGACAACAUGCCCAGUAUUAUUGGACAAGACAACAUGCCCAGUUUUAGUGGACAAGACAACAUACCCAGUGUUAUUGGUCAGGUCAACAUACCCAGUGUUAUUGGACAGGUCAACAUACCCAGUUUUAUUGGACAAGUCAACAUAGCCAGUUUUAUUGGACAAGUCAACAUACCCAGUGUUAUUGGUCAAGACAACAUGCCCAGUGUUAUUGGGCAAGACAACAUGCCCAGUUUUAGUGGACAAGACAACAUGCCCAGUUUUAGUGGACAAGACAACAUACCCAGUGUUAUUGGACAGGUCAACAUACCCAGUUUUAUUGGACAAGUCAACAUACCCAGUGUUAUUGGACAAGUCAACAUAGCCAGUUUUUGUGGACAAGUCAACAUACCCAGUGUUAUUGGUCAAGACAACAUGCCCAGUGUUAUUGGACAAGACAACAUACCCAGUGUUAGUGGACAAGACAACAUGCCCAGUGUUAUUGGACAAGACAACAUGCCCAGUUUUAGCGGAGAAGUCAACAUACCCUGUGUUAUUGGACAGGUCAACUUACCCAGUUUUAUUGGACAAGUCAACAUACCCAGUGUUAUUGGUCAGGUCAACAUAUCCAGUGUUAUUGGACAAGACAACAUGCCCAGUGUUAUUGGACAAGACAACAUGCCCAGUUUUAGUGGAGAAGUCAACAUACCCAGUGUUAUUGGACAAGCCAACAUGCCCAGUUUUAGUGGACAAGUCAACAUACCCAGUGUUAUUGGUCAAGACAACAUGCCCAGUGUUAUUGGACAAGACAACAUGCCCAGUGUUAUUGGACAAGACAACAUGCCCAGUGUUAUUGGACAAGGCAACAUACCCAGUGUUAUUGGUCAAGACAACAUGCCAAGUGUUAUUGGACAAGACAACAUGCCCAGUGUUAUUGGACAAGACAACAUGCCCAGUGUUAUUGGACAAGACAACAUGCCCAGUGUUAUUGGACAAGACAACAUGCCCAGUGUUAUUGGACAAGACAACAUACCCAGUGUUAUUGGACAAGGCAACAUGCCGAGUGUUAUUGGACAAGACAACAUACCCAGUGUUAGUGGUCAAGACAACAUGCCCAGUGUUAUUGGACAAGGCAACAUACCCAGUGUUAUUGAACAAGACAACAUGCCGAGUGUUAUUGGACAAGACAACAUACCCAGUGUUAUUGGACAAGGCAACAUACCCAGUGUUAUUGAACAAGACAACAUGCCGAGUGUUAUUGGACAAGACAACAUACCCAGUGUUAGUGGACAAGACAACAUACCCAGUGUUAGUGGACAAGACAACAUGCCCAGUGUUAUUGGACAAGACAACGUGCCCAGUGUUAUUGGAGAAGGCAACAUACCCAGUGUUAUUGAACAAGACAACAUGCCCAGUGUUAUUGGACAAGACAACAUACUCAGUGUUAGUGGACAAGACAACAUGCCCAGUGUUAUUGGACAAGACAACGUGACCAGUGUUAUUGGACAAGACAACAUACCGUGUGUUAGUGGACAAGACAACGUGCCCAGUGUUAUUGGACAAGACAACAUACCCAGUGUUAGUGGACAAGACAACAUACCCAGUGUUAAGGAACAGGUCAACGUACCCAGUGUUAGCGGACAAGCCCGCAAACCUCCCAGAGGACUGUUUCCUAGAGAGUUGUUUUAUAACGAAAGAUACGACGUCAGAUUUGAAUUUGACAAAGAACUCAUUGACUGGGAGCGAAACACAAGUGGAAAAGUCAGCGAAGCCGUUGGUGGGUACCCUUUCAGCGGAGACCCUGAUUGGUCCAUUAUCAGCGAUGACGCUGAUUGGUUUGCUAUCAGGGAAGACACUGAUUGGUUCACUAUCAGGAAAGACACUGAUUGGUCCACUAUCAGCGAAGACGCUGAUGGGUCCAUUAACAGCGAAGACGCUGAUUGGUUCGCUAUCAGCGAAGACGCUGAUGGAUCCACUAUCAGCGAAGACUCUGAUUGGUCCACUAUCAGCGAAGACGCUGAUGUAUCCAUUAUCAGCGAAGACUCUGAUUGGUUCGCUAUCAGCGAAGACGCUGAUGGGUCUUCCGUAAGCGACGCUGGGACAAGUGUUAGCGUUGUUCGGUCCUCCGUCAGCGAAGAUAGCGGGACCAUUGUUAGCGAAGAAGCUGAUUGCUGUACUGUCAGCGGAGAUGAAUGGUCCACCGUCAGUGAAGAUGGUGGGUCCACUCAUAGCAAAGAAGCUGAUGGGUUCACUGUCAGCGAACAUUAUGAGUCAACUGUCAGCAGGCAAGCAAGCAUACCCUCUCUCAGCGAUCCAUUUAUCACCGAAGGAAACGACUAUUUAUAUAACUUUGACAUAGGACUCUUUGACACUGAACAAAAUAUAGACCUCCCUGACAGCGGUCAAGCCACCGGGCAAGCCCCCGCACCCUCGGUUAGUAAACCAGCCAGUCAACCCUCGGAUAGUAAACCAACCACUAAACAGGACAUUAAACCCUCCGCUCAACGAUCCUUUAGUCGAAAAGCCAGGAGAGAGUACACAGAUUACCCACGUAACUACGUAGGAAAGGACAGCUUUAUAGAGUUCUUGAAUAAAUUCACCGUUAGAAAGACAGCAUCAAAGAUGAGGAAAAAGUAUUAUAUUUGUCAAAAAGCUCUAAAGGAAGCCUACAUAGCCUACUGUCUGAUUCACGGUAAGUUAAUUGGAUGUCCUAUCAACACCGGUCGUCACCUUAGCUACUGUGGCAUUAAGGCCAAUAGAAAGGUGGGCCCUGCUUCGUUCCAGAUGAAUUGCUAUACUGGUAUACAAUGGCUUGAUUGUGUAAAAGUUCAUUCAAGAACAUUAGAUAUACCGAUUACUCUCGAUCGAGAGACCGCCAGGAGGAAUGUUCUCGGUGGAGGCACCAAAAUUCGGUUACCUGUGCAGGGGAGUUGCAAAGCUUCUUCUAAAGGCGAACAGAAGUAUUCGGAGUCACAGGGGCCGAGAGAACACACAUCUGAAACCCAUGCAUCGAAACCCAAAAUAUCUGAAACAUAUGUUUAUAGAGCACGGUCAUCAAGAGAACAAAUGCCUGAGGCAUACACAUUAGUAGUACAACUACCAAGAGCAUAUGUACAUGAAGCACAGGUACCUGGAACAUCCACAUCGGAAGCACAGGUACCUGGAACAUCCACAUCGGGAGCACAGGUACCUGGAACAUCCACAUGGGGAGCACAGGUACCUGGAACAUCAACAUCGGGAGCACAGGUACCUGGAACAUCCACAUCGGGAGCACAGGUACCUGGAACAUCCACAUCGGGAGCACAGGUACCUGGAACAUCCACAUCGGGAGCACAGGUACCUGGAACAUCCACAUCGGAAGCACAGGUACCUGGAACAUCCACAUCGGAAGCACAGGUACCUGGAACAUCCACAUCGGGAGCACAGGUACAUGGAACAUCAACAUCGGAAGCACAGGUACCUGGAACAUCAACAUCGGAAGCACAGGUACCUGGAACAUCCACAUCGGAAGCACAGGUACCUGGAACAUCCACAUCGGGAGCACAGGUACCUGGAACAUCCACAUCGGAAGCACAAGUACCUGGAACAUCCACAUCGGGAGCACAGGUACAUGGAACAUCAACAUCGGAAGCACAGGUACCUGGAACAUCAACAUCGGAAGCACAGGUACCUGGAACAUCAGCAUCGGAAGCACAGGUACCUGGAACAUCAGCAUCGGAAGCACAGGUACCUGGAACAACAACAUUGGAAGCACAGGUACCUGGAACAACAACAUCGGGAGCACAGGUACCUGGAACAUCCACAUCGGAAGCACAGGUACCUGGAACAUCAGCAUCGGAAGCACAGGUACCUGGAACAACAACAUCGGAAGCACAGGUACCUGGAACAUCAACAUCGGAAGCACAGGUACCUGGAACAUCAGCAUCGGAAGCACAGGUACCUGGAACAUCCACAUCGGAAGCGCAGGUACCUGGAACAACAACAUCGGAAGCACAGGUACCUGGAACAACAUCGGGAGCACAGGUACCUGGAACAACAUCGGGAGCACAGGUACCUGAAACAACAUCGGGAGCACAGGUACCUGAAACAACAUCGGGAGCACAGGUACCCGGAACAACAUCGGGAGCACAGGUACCUGAAACAACAUCGGGAGCACAGGUACCUGAAACAACAUCGGGAGCACAGGUACCCGGAACAUCAACAUCAGAAGCACAGGUACCUGGAACACCCACACCAGAAGCACAGGUACCUGGAACACCCACAUCGGAAGCACAGGUACCUGGAACACCCACAUCGGAAGCACAGGUACCUGGAACACCCACAUCGGAAGCACAGGUACCUGGAACACCCACAUCGGAAGCACAGGUACCUGGAACACCCACAUCGGGAGUACAGCUACCUGGAACACUCACACAGGUACCUGUAACACAAAUACCAGGAGUGUAUGUAUUUGGAGCACCCACAUGUGAAAGUGAGCUUCCUGGAGCACGGCCCUCCUAGAACAGACAACAUGGCCAGCGCCAACGCUCGAAUCCUUAAGACACGCUUACCUGACCUCCCUUGAUGCCAAAAGCACCUUUCUGUUGCUGCUGUAAGAUCCUAAGAGGAUAUAUUUAACCGCUAGGACAAGAUUUAUCGGAAAACAAAUAUUUUUCUCAGUUCUUAAAAUGUUGCCAGAUAGAUAAGUUACAAACCACAUUUUGUAAACUAAGGUUUUGUGUAUGCAUUGACAUCUAUUUUGCUUUGUACAUUAAAAAUAUAUACUCAGUAUAUUCACACAUUUAAGUUAUGUUUCAGGUACAUACACAUUUAAAUUACGUUUCUAAAUAUUUGAGCUCUUGUUAAUCAAAUGCUGUGAGGCUAUAAUGCCCAUUUCUUAAUUUUAGUUUGAAACCCAUUUGAAUGUACUCUACAAUAUCUGCCAGAUAAGGGCACAGCUUAUACACCAAGUUUACAAGGACAAAAUUAACCUAGUAGGCAAAUGCAAUCAAAUUUCCUUUCCCUGAGCGUAUCACUUGAUGGAAUAACAUUUGUAUUUUAUUCAUUAAAUUUACACUUAUGUGCAGUAUAAUUAAUUUGUCUUAAUCCAGCCUUGCCAGAUUUGUGGGGGGAACCGCUCUUACACUUACAUGGGG